GCCCGAUACUGGAAAACAUUAAGGUAACGCGGAGUAUUUUACUCUACUCUUUGCGAACGCCAGUUUUCUGUGCGCCAGCAUAACAAAGCCAUACCUCAAGGUUUGCUGGGAUUGGCGCAGACGCCUCAAAUUGUGCUCAUUGGCUGCCGGGGGUGAUACGUCACUGACUCGACGUCACACGCAAGGCAACCAAUCACAAGAAGACUCUCUUAUCGCCGAGUGAGUCAUGAGGGCAUUGUUUACAUACUGUGGCGCCACAGUCGAGUUUCUAACCAUGGCGCUUCCAUACGUAAAACAUCAGCGGAGGCCAAAAUUCUCUGAAACUGAGGCAUUGACCUUGGUGGAGGAGGUGGAGCGGCGUCGCCACAUAAUUCUAGGAAGGCUGGAGGGAUCAAAAGUGACGGGGGAGAAAAAACAGCGAGCGUGGGAGGAGGUGACAGCUCUCGUCAACGAGGUCAGCCGUGUCGGGAGGACAGAAGAGGAGUGCCGCCGCAAGUUCAAAGACUUACGAAGCCUGGUGAAGGUUAAGGCGGGCAAAGAGCAGAGGCACCUCGCAGGCACCGGUGGGGGACCUUCAGACACCACCAGCUACACAGCUGUAGAGGAGGUGGUGUUAAGGAUGAUGUCCCCUGUGGCAGUCACAGGACUACCACUCCCCGACAGUCAGGGUGCCACAAUGAGUAAGGGAAACAAAGACAAAUUACAAUUAUGGUCCAUGCAGCACAAAUUGAUCCCUGGACUGUGGUAUCUCCACAGGUGGGGAUUCCCCCACUAGUUCCACAUCUCCACAGAUCAGUCCACCAAUCCCAUUUCACUUCCUUAAUCUGUUUCUAUAGUAGUUUCUUUUUAUAUUUCCUAAGUUAUUGCUGAAAU